AUGUCAUCAUCCCGUCCGCCGCUGCCGUCCUCGACGUCGGUAGUGAGUCUCUUGGGCGGUGCAGAUGAGCUUACUAUCGGUAUUAGCAGUCGCGUUCUAUUCUGUGGUCAGUUAGAAAAGCGUCGAGAUGGCGCUGUGCGUGGAGGCUGGGCUUCGCGGCUCUUUGUCCUGACGCCGGACACGCUGUACUAUUACCGCAAAACUACCGAGUUGGAAUUAUUAGGCGAAGAACGCGGUCAUAUCGCACUAGGUUCGAUCACGAGGGUGCGUGCCUUGCCGCAAGAAGAAGCGCCUUGCACGAUAGUCGAUCCAGGUGUUGAACACUACUAUCUUGAGAUUUGCACGGAGGACCAUCUGUACUUGAUGCGGACUUUGCUUCGAGAGGCGUCAACAUGUGAGAGCUGGUCAAUUGCCAUUGAGGAGCAGCGCAAGAUGCUGCGCGUGGGAAAGGUGGACCAAUACAACAGCAGUUUGAGCUCCGUCGCUUGCGCAGAGGCGCUGCCCAGCCCUACUUUACUUGCACGGAACCACGAACUCUCUUCGCGUUUCGAAGCAUCGCCUCCUCGUGUGGCCAUGGUCUCGGUUGUGCACGUAAGUAAACAGGAAGCGCAGCCAGCAGAAAAGGUGAUAAAACGAGGGAUUGAGUGGGGCGAAAAGCUGGACCUCGGUGUGAUUCCGCAAGGGGGAGCAUGCGUCAUACUUCUUCAGAAUGGCGGUCUCGGUCGUAUUGGCACUCAAGCUCUCAUGAGCAGUUGGGACUCAGGCCAUGUUUGCUGGAUUGAAGUUACGGACGCCGAGUUGCCCACGGAGGUUGAGAUCUCAGUGACUUGCAAGGUUUUGUCGCAGAAGAACCGAUUGAAUUCCACCAAGCCUUCGUGUGCUCAGGAAGGGCUACCGAAGUGGAUCGAGUGGGUGGAUGAAGGCUCGAGCAUUGGUUUUCUGCUCAUGUGCCUGUUCGUCCAUUUGCUAUAUGGUGUCGACGGCUUCCACUGGUCGCACAAGUGCUGCCUCACCGUUGGUGCCGCUCUUGCCAUUUCAACAAUUUUAAACGGAUCUGCUAGAAGUGCACCGACGCCUGUGUUAACGCCUCGAUAUUUGAGUCCCACAAAUUUCCUGCCCAAGCUGCAGUUUACCCUCGUCGUUCAUCGGUGUCGGAUAAAGAUGGAGGGCAUGGAGUACACUUACCCGCCGGCGAGCACUGGCCAAUAG